GAAAUGCGCCAAAAGAUGGCGCACGCACGAAACUCAGGAUGUGCGUGCGCAAGAAAAUAUUCAGAUUUAUAAAGCAUGGCGCACGCACGCUCCACGCCAAUUUCCCUUUAUAAAUCUCAAAUCACUUCAAAGUUGCGGCACCUGUGCGUAGCUGAAGACACACCCAUUAAUUGCCUAUAAAUAUUCAGUGAAACGCCCCCAAUGCAUAUUCAUAUCCAGACAAAAUGGCUAAAACAAAGAAAAGGAACUUCACCGACUGCGAGGUGGAGGUUUUGAUCGACGAGGUAACAGAUAGGCGACAAACUUUAUUUGGAGGUCAAAGCUCGGGGGUUACCAACUCCAAAAAGGCAUAUGAGUGGCAGCAUGUGACAGACGCUGUCAACGCGGUGGCCUCCCAAGGGCGCACCAUGGCCGAGAUUAAAAAGAAAUGGUCCGACAUGAAGGUAGAGGCAAAAAAAAGUAUCUCAGCCCACCGUCAAAGUGUAACAGCAACGGGAGGGGGGGAAGCAGGGCCAGAGCUUUCCGAGCAGGAUGCUAAAAUUGCAGGCGUAAUCGGAGAGAAAUUGCUCAGUGGUGUCGUCACGGAACAGGAGGGUGACACUGAUGCUGCGCCUCAAGAGACGGUUCCAGACGAUGCCUGUGGUGAAGCCGGUGCCAGCAGUUGGUCUGUUCCAGCGCAGGCGAGUGGGCCCUCUCCAAAACCAGCCAGCGGCCGUGUCCUCACCGAUGCAGUCCUUCAGGUGCAGCGGGACCACGUGGAGGCUGUUCGCGAGGUUGCAAGUGAAUUAAAAGACAUUAAGAAAGAAUUGUUCAUCCUGAAUGAAAACAUUAAAGAAUUUAUGAAAAAGUAA